AUGAAGCUCGCUGGUGCUCUGGUGCUCCUCGGGGCUGCCCUGCUCCUGACUUCAGGAGGAGAUUGUGGCCUUUGCCCAGUAAUAGACAGAAAAGUUGAACUAUUUUUUCACGGGAACUUGGAAGACUAUCUUCAGCAUGUGAAAGAAUACACUAAUAACCCUGUCUUAGUGGAAGAGGCUGAAAGAACGAAGACAUGUGUCGAUAGCAAUUUGACAGAGGAAGACAAGACACACAUAACCAACGUCAUUGAAAGAAUUAAAGCCAGCCCCUAUUGUUGA